CAAUUGAAAAGUCAGUUUGCUUUGAAAUUUUUUCAAAGAUGCAUCUUACGUAUUUAGUGAUUUUCGCUCUGCUGAGCUUCGUAGGUGCUGCUCCAACUAACAAUCUUGAACACGAUUUGAGAGAAGCUGCGGAGGACGCUCAAAUACUCAUCAAUAAGGAUGAGAUAGAAACUAUGAUUACCUUAGCUAAAUCAAUUGUGUCGCAUAAUAUUGCACCUAAAAAGGAAAUCGAUCAGUGGCAAUCAUAUUCCGAUAAGUUAAGCACUUGGAAUGUAAUCUUCACUAGAGAUUAUGCUCAGCUGGAACAAACUGAAAUACCUCAUAAUUCAUAUGCAAAAUUUGAUCAGUAUACAAAUGGGGAAUAUUCCAAAUUGAAAUCAAAUUUUCUUGCACGAAGAGCUCAACGAUAUUCGACAUUUAAGGUAAACGCAUUGGAGAUUGUUGAAUCAGCAGAGAAAGCAGGAAUCACACAUAUUCUAUUAGAUAAAAAAUCAACACUGUUGGAUAAAUCAAGCGAAGAGUUUUUCGAUGAAAUGAUUCUUUGUCUUUAUAGAAAAUUGUAAACAUUAUAAAAUUGUAAUAAACAAAACGCAUUGUGCUACGUAAUGUCAAUAAUUUGAUUUGAAUGGCUCA